CACCUUGUUUGCUGCUCUCACCUGCACCGCGUCAAAGCUGCCCAAUUGUGCUUUUUCCCACGCCCAGCAGCCCCCAGAUCGUCCAAUAUAUCCCUCCCUGGCGUAGCAGCUAUGUUUCACCUGCCCCUGCUCGCACGCCUCACGGCCCUGUUGGCUUUGGCAGCAGUCGCUCCCGCUAUCAAGGCCGCCCCAGCAGCCAACAGCGAGGAUCAUGCCCUGACCGGAAGGGGUGUUCCCGUGGGCUACGGCGGAAACCCAGAGCACUACACUGCCGCCGAUGUGAUCGACAAGCUCGGUCUGGUCUCCAACCCAGAGAAGGGCUACUACGCCCAAACCUUCGAGGACACCCUCCAGUUCAACGCCACCCGCUCCGCCAGCACGGCCAUCUACUACCUCAUUGAGGGCAAAGUUGGCUGGUCGUACUGGCACCGCAUCGAUGCCGUCGAGGUCUGGCACUACUACGCCGGAGCCCCGCUGGCGCUCGAGCUUUCAUACAACAACGGCACCAAGACUGUGGAGAAGACGCUUGGCCCCGACAUUUUCCAUAGCCAGGCGCCGCAGAUCGCCAUUGACCACUGGCAGUGGCAGCACUGCAAGAGCCUGGGCGAGUGGACGCUUAUUGGCACGACAGUCGCACCGGGAUUCAGCCCCGACGAGUAUGAGAUCGAGGACGGCAGCUGGCAACCCAAGAGCAAAUAGAUGCUCUACUCGGGGUGAUGCUUUUGUGUACAGCUCGGUGUAUCACGAAGGACUCUCGGGAGGCCCGGAGUCUCGUGUCACGGCCGACGAUACAAUACUACGUACCUGUUGGUGGUGGGGAGUCCUUCUAAUCCUUUUAAUUGAAGCGGAAUUAGCAUCAGAUGACGAACCGGUCGCUACCUUACCUGCAUUAGACGGCCGUCACUACGGCAUCAAACGACCGAAGAAGCAUAGCGGAAAAGUUACUUUCGACUGUACAUAUCUCAAUAAUUCAAAUUUCUGGCUUCGGUCACAUCCCUACCGACCCCGACCUCAUUUCCGAAUCAAUUUCCCAAUCUUCGCUACUUUCGGCAUUGGCCAUAUAUCGAUCUAUUCAGUCAUGUCUCUUCAUUCUUUCUCCAUAACUCUGUCAUGUAACGCAAUGAUUUUUUAUAUGAAAAGGC